AUGAGCUCUGUGUGUCCUAUUAUCCGCGGGGACGCUGAUAUCCCUUAUGAGGAGGACUUCUAUGAUGGCGCUCAUACAGCACAACUUGACCAUCGAGUCCGUAGUGAGCUGAACAGUUAUAUUGUCCCAUCUACACAGCAUAAUGCUCCAAUAUUGCCCAACUUUUUUGCUGAGGCCAAAGGUCCCGAUGGCUCUACUGCCGUUGCCAAAAGACAAGCGCUCUAUGACGGCUCCCUUGGCGCUCGUGCGAUGCUUCGACUCCAAGCAUAUGGGAAGGAGCUUGCAUAUGAUGGUAAUGCCUAUGUCGUUACCUCGACUUACCACGACGGGAACCUCAAAUUGUACACGACUCAUCCAACCACAUCCAACGACGCAGGGAGAGAUACAGAUUACCACAUGACUCAGCUCAGGUCCUUUGCCUUGACUGACACUGCAGAGAGCUUCCUGCAAGGAGCUAGUGCUUUCAGAAAUGCUCGAGACUGGGCAAAGGAACAGCGAGAUUAUGGUAUUGCAAACGCCAAUGGCACUGUCGCUGAUAUUCGCGUGGACAUGUCCUUCGAAACGUCAAGUCAGAGUUUGGUCUCUCAUUCUGCCCAUGCAACACGCGAUUCUGAGACAUCAGCUGAUGAGAUUUCCUCUGCUAACGUCACAAGAAUGGAUCGUUCCGUCGGGACGAGAACGCUUUCUCCAUCCAGAAGAAGGGAAGAUCCAGAGAGUCGUGCCAGAUCUAGCUGGAGAUCUCGUGUUCCCAGAGCUUAG